AACGCGCUAACGGAAAGAACAGUCACAAUAGAAACGCCACCAGCAGCGGACGCAGCGCCACACACGCAUUUUACUCCGUUCAGCAGUCUGGGGGCCGCUCGGGAAACACAGUUGCGAGCCAGCAGGCCAACAAAACCGAAGUAAAGGAGAAGAAGCAAAAGAAGAACAAAUCUUAUACAAAACAAAAAAAGUAAUAUAGGACGUGUCUCUCCGUGCGUGCGAUUUUCAACCAUUUUCCACACACACACACUCUCUCGCAAAUCCCCUUACAGCACAAGGAUAUCUUAAGCUUCUAGUGUGUGUGUGUGUGUGUGUGUGUGUGUGCGUGUAUGUGACACGGUUUUGAUGUUACUCACUCUUUCCCGCUCACAACAACAACCACAACGACAGCAACAACAACAACAACACAUGUCCCUGGCGUGUUUUGCCAAGCGCUAGCCGCGUGGUGGUGCUGCUGCUUAGAAGAAGGCGCAAAAGCAAACGAAAACAGCAAGAACAAGAUUGUGUGUGUGUGUGCGUGCGUACGCGUGUGUGUGUGUGUGUGUGUGAGUGUUUUACAAAAUAAUACAAAUAAAAACACACGGCAGCACCGAGCCCAGACGACCAGAAUCAAUCACAAAUCGCAGGCAGCAGCAACAAACACUCAAGCAGGAAGAUCACCGCUUCAGGAUCAGCAGCAGCACACCUUCUGCGUGCGUGCGCGUGGUUCCGUGCACAUGUGUGGGCUGCCCGCUGCACGAUCGUCUGCCGUGUCCAGCGCGAACAGUGUGAGCGGCGGCAGCACCAGCACUAAGCCGACGACCAGGAAGACCACAUUGGCGUCGCUAGUGGCGGAGGCGGCGGCGGCGGUGGUGGUGGCGGCAGCAGCAGCCGUGAGCAACAGCUCGCUGGCGUAAGAGCUGCAGCAGCAGCAGCAGCAGCAGGUGAAGGACGGGGCCAUGUUUGAAGAUGGUAGCCACCGUCCACGCGCGCACCGGGCCAAGAUCGUCAACCUUUGCAGCGACGCGUAAGCAAGUGUAUCGUCCCUCCGGGUAGCACCAACGUGUGCGUGCGUGUGUGUGUGUGCGCGUGUGUGUGUACCAGCAGCACACCAUCCCGCGUCGUAUCCACACACUCCCCUCCCUCCCCGCGGGGUGCGAACGGUUGUUUGGUUUGGUUUUGUUUUGUUUUUGUUUUGCUUGCGAGCAGACGACGAACCUCCCCCAGCCCAAACCUUCCAGCCGCUUUUUGGACAGUGGAAAUUGUGUGUGUGUGUGUGUGCCAGUGUGCAGAAAGUGUUGUUCACUGUCUGAUCGGAACCAGUCUAGCGCCACCACCACCGCCCCAGGAAUAGCAGCAAAGCCUCCCUCCCCCCCCCCCUUCUCCCCACGACGGUCCCGGCGUCCACGGGAGGAUCGGGUGGAUCUCAACGGAAUCAACUCCUCCAACUUCGGCUGUGUGUGUGUGUGUGUGUCAGAACAGUAACCGUGCUUGUGCAGUGUGUUGCCAACUGUAUCAGGAUCCUUCAAUCAAUCAAAGCAAAAAAGGAGGAAAUCGAUUAAAAAAAACGCAACUCCUCCUCCCCCGCAACAACAACCUCCUCCCGCGAUCGCGUCCGUGUCCUCCCGGGUGCGUGUUCCCGUGCGUGUGUGCGUCUAGCAAGCCCAAGUGGACAACUGUGUUUGUGUGUGUGUGCGUUUGUAAUAAAGUUUUAAUUUUGUGGCGUUGAAAAAAAAAGCAAAAAAAACUGAACCUCUUGCCAUCCUGCCCCUCGUUGUGGCCACCCUUUGUGUGUGUGUGUGUGUUAAUAUCCUCCGGAAGUCUCCUCAGUCAUAAUCACACGCCCGACCCGACAGAGUGAGAGAGAGAGAGAGACUACGACCUACACACAAUCAACCCCGAAGCGGAACAGCGCAUCAGCCUCCUGCUCCUCCUGCUCCUCCACCCUUUCUCUGUGUCUGUGAUUGUGUGUGCGUGUGUGUGCGUGUGUGUGUGCGUUCAAUCAAGAAUCUAAGCGCCCGCACAGCCCACCCACCCCACCACCUUCUUCCUCCUCAAAACCAACCCCCCCCCCCCUUCGUUCGCGGUGCGUGUGUGUGUUUUUGCCGUGCCGUCUACGCGACACCUUGCAGCCUCCUCCUUCUUCCCCGCUCCUCUCCUCAUCGGCGACCGAUCGACGACACACACGACCAUCAAGCCCUCGCGCACUCCACCGCCCUCCCCAGGCUGGUACGCGGCGCGUCCGGCUUUGCCCACAAUCAACCGACCGUUAUAUAUGGAGUGCUGGACGGGUAACGCCCGCUUGGCGAAAUUCUUCGAUUAAGCAGCGUAAGCUGUCACCGACAUGGGCAGUGAUCAUUACUGCUUGAGGUGGAACAAUCAUCAAUCCAACCUUCUCGGGGUGUUCAGCCAAUUGCUCCAGGACGAGAGUCUGGUGGACGUCACACUCGCUUGCUCAGAGGGCGCCUCCAUCCGAGCCCACAAGGUUGUACUCUCGGCCUGCUCCUCCUACUUCCAGACGCUGUUUCUCGACCAUCCGGCCCGGCACCCGAUCGUCAUACUGAAGGACGUUCGCUUUGCCGAGCUGCGCACGCUGAUCGAAUUCAUGUACAAGGGCGAGGUAAAUGUCGAAUACUGUCAGCUUUCGGCACUGCUAAAGACGGCAAAAUCGCUCAAGGUCAAAGGACUGACGGAGAUGACAAAUCAGAGCAGCCCGCUGACGGAACCGAAGCUAGAGCCGGAGCGACUCCGACCCCACAGCAGCCAUGGUGCGGGCGGCGGUGUCGGCGCGACUGGCGGCAGCAACAGUGGCAGCGGGAGCGGCGGCACCACCCUGGCCGCCUCGGAAGCGAUCCUGCCGACCAACCUCUCCACGACGCUCCCGACGGCAACGCUGGCGGGCGGCGGUGGCGGCCCGUAUCUCACCUCAACGACCACCACCACGCCGGGCGCGGCGUCGACGACGGUCAGCACCACCGCCACGACUGCUACGACCACCGGCAGCAGUGGCAGCAGCACCACCACUACUACCACGAGCGAACCGAACGGUGCCGACAGACCGGCGGAGGAGCAGCAGCAACAUCACCAGCAACACUCGCUAUCAUCGCAACAGCAUCACUACACGACGCAGCAGCAGCAGCAACGUUUGAGUUCCUCCGGCAUUGGCAGUGCCAGCGUCACCUCGGCAAGCUCCCUCAGCAGCAGCAGCAGUAGCAGUGGCACUGCCACCGCCGGCAACGUCACCGAUCUGUCCACCACGCUCGGGAAGGACGCGGCAAUGGUGUGCGAAGCGGACGCGUCGACAGCCGCCGCCCCGAGCGCCACCACGACCACUACGCCCCUCUCGCUGCUCACCCGGAAGCAUCGCGACGCGCCGAUCGACAUCUCAACCGCCACCACAGCCUUAUCCUCAGCGAGUGCCGCCGCCGUCACGUCGUCGGCCGCACAGCUGCACGGUGGUGGUGGUGGUGCCGUCGGCAGCAAGGGCUCGAGUUCCUCCUUCACCUCGGUCGCUGCACUCAGCAGCAGCAGUAGUAGCAGCAGCAGCACCACGACCACCGUCAUCCAGCGGCCGGCGUCGGGCGAUGGCAUUCUAUCUUCCCAGCUGGCCGCGUCGGCAGUCAGCAGCGACGGCAGACGCAGCGCCACACCUCUGCACGACGAGCCGCCCAGCCGGGAGGAGGAAGAGCACGAGGAGAUGGAGCAGGAGGUAAACGAUCGCCAUCCGCAGGAUGCGCGGACUACACCGACAAUCGCCGCCGCGCUAGACGACGAACGGGACACUACUACAACCGCCACCACCACCACCACCAGCAGCACCACCACGAUCAGCGAUAAGGCAGACGCGCACCAAAGUGCUCACCAGGAGCGGGGAGCAAGGAUAGGGACGGCGUCGCCCCCGGCCGGCAGCGGGGGCGAUACGGACGAGUGCGCCGCCAGCGACGAACCCGCCGCAGGCGACCCAGCAACCGCAUGCUGCUCCACCUCGAUCGCGGAGCGGCAGCCUUCGCCCGCACCGACCACCCUGAUCCCCGACAGCAGCCUAUCGCGCAGCAGCCCGCUCGGCGAGCUGGUGGACGAGGUGCGGCGGCCGGCAAGCAGUGCCGCUGCUGCGGCCGCCGCCGCCGCCCUGAUGGCAACCGAUCUACGCACGGACACAGAUUAUCAUCACGCGAUGCUGCUGCGGGACGUUACGAUGGGAACCGCCGACUACGACGAUGAGGAGGAAGAGGAGGAGGAGAACGAGGACGAGGGGGAGGAUGUGGACGAUGGAGCAGCAGAGAUGCUGCUGGCAGCGGCUGCCGUCGCACAGGUUGCACGGGAGGCACGCGAUGCAGGAACGGACGCCAUCGUGAUCGGCACCAGCGAGGGGAGUGCGGAGCAGCGGCGUCGACGCGGACGCCGCCCGCUGACGGCAAGCGACGAACCGGAGGAGGAAGCGAACGAGGAGCAGCAACACCGCCAUCGGUCCAGACGCACCGGACCGGACGACGAGACGACGCUCGGCCCGGAGGAGGUGGAGGACGACGAUGACGACGACGACGAUGACGACGAUGACGAGGACGACGAGGGCGGCGGCCCGCACGAUCUGCACAUUGGCAGUGCGGGCAGCACGGGCAGCGCCGGCAGCGGCGGCGGCGGUGGUGGUACACUGCUCGGCCGGCACCACCACCACCACCACCAUCACCAGCAUCUGCUGCAGCUGUCCGCCCACCAUCACCACCACCAUCAUUCGCACCAGCAGCUCCAGCAGCAGCUGCACCAGCACCAUCAGCAGCAGCUGGCGGCCGCGGAGCUGCUGCGGACGGCCGAGCAGCAGCAGCGGGUGCGCCAGCAGCAGCAGCACCAGUCCCGCCGCCGCCGCUCGUCCGAGGACGGUCCGGCCCGGCCAAGUGGCACCACCACAAACAACAACAACAACAGCAGCAGCGCCACCUACAACAACAACUCCGACGACGAGUAUCAGCCACCGAUGAAGAUCAAAAACGAAGUCGACUUUUCAGCGUUCGCCGGUCUGAACAUGACGAUCAAUGCGGCGGCAAGCGCCAACGCCAACCUGUCCGCCGCACUGAACGCGGCGUCGGCCGGUCCGGGCCCGAUCCUGCUCGCGACCGAUCUGCGGCCGGCAUCGCGGGGCGGCAGUACCACCACCACCGCCACCACCACCACCUCGGCCGAAGCCGCCGCCCAGAGCGGGAACAACGGCAGCAAGAACGGCGAGCAGCAGCAGCGCGAGCGUGGUUCGCCCCAGCACCAGCAUCUGCAGCACCAUCACCAUCAGCGGGCGGCGGCGGCUACCGCAGCCGCGCUGGCCGUCUUUAAUGCGAGCGGCCUCUCCAGCCCCCUGGCCGAACCGAUCGCGGGACCGUCCGGCAUCAUGGGCCCGGUCCAGCAAGUGCCUCUGUCGCUAAAGAAGGAGAUCGACUGGGGCGAUGACAAGUCUUCGGGCGAAAGCUCACUAGACUUCCGUCACGCGCACGACUCGGCGCUCGGACGCUUCCUGGUCGGGCAGGGUGGCAGCGGCGGCGGCGGCGGCUACCCGCGGUCGGGCAUGAAGUCGGCCCCGCCGGCCGGCAUCAUCGGCUUUCCGGGCGCGGCCGUCGGUGCGAUCCCGUUCGUCUUUCCGUUCGCGCCGCUCGGGCUCGGCCUGUUCGAUGCCGAUCCGCAGCGGCUGCUCUCGCUGCUGCACCACCAGUCGGCGCUGGCGGAGGAGGCGCUGCGCUACCGCAGCCUGCUGUUCGGCGGCGGCAGCACCACGCCGGACGGGACGCCGAGCCAGCACCAGCAGCCGCUCGAGGACUGCAAGGAGCCGCUCAAUCUGCACGCCACGACCCACGCAAGCACCACCGCCACGGCAGCGUCCUACGAGCAUGACAAGAUGGCCGCCGGCAGCUCACCGACGAAAGCGACGAUGAUUCGCGUCCGGGACGGGCUCACCAAGGAAGGCUUCCGCAAUGGGGGCGGUGAGGAGCUGUUGCUGCGCAAACCACCGCCACCACCACCACCGGCUACACCAGCGGCAUCUGCACCGUCCUCGUCUGCCCCGUCGCCCAGCUGCGACGAAACUGGGCUGUCGCUGUUCCGUGACGUCCGGCAGCUGAGUGGCGGCUCGCCCACGCCCACCACCUCCACCGGAGGCGGCAGUGGCAGCACGGCGGCAGCACCGACCGGCCCCGACAACGCCAAGUGUCACAUCUGCAUGGCCAACUUCCCGUCCGCCUGGCUGCUGGAGCAGCACUCCGCCCUGCAGCACCCGCACCUGACGAUCCACGACGACAAGCCGUACCUGUGCGGGCUGUGCGGGCAGAAGAGCCGGUACGCCUGCUGCCGGUACCGGACGGUGCUGGCGAAGCAUCACCGGGGGGAGCCGGGCGGCGUCGGCGGCGGCCGGAGCCGGGUCCCGGCCGACAAGCUCUUCACCUGCGACGUGUGCGGCAUGCAGUUCCGCUACCUGAAGUCGUUCAAGAAGCACCGGCUGAACCACGCGCUCGAGCGGCUCCACGGCAAGAAGGGUGGUGGGGGCGGGGUGGGAGCCCCGCCCGCCGACAGCGAGCCGGCCGUGUCGAGCACGAACGAGAGCGGCGGCGGCGGCGGAGGCGGCGAGGCGGCCAGCAGCGCGAUGGUGGCCGAUCUGCGCAGCCGCACGGCGGCCGGCGAGGGCGACAGCUCGGAGGGUGGAGGCACGGUGGAGCAGGACGACACGGUGUCCGAUUCGGCGCUGCAAAACCAACCGGCGGCCGACUGCGCCCCUCCGACGGCGGCCGAUGACACGCACACUAAGAUCAGCAGUAGUAGUGGCGGUGGCGGCGGCGGCGGCGGCGGCUGUAGUAAUGGUAGUAGCAACAGUAGCAGCAGUGGUAGUAGUAGUGCGUGCAGCACCACUGCCACCACCACCACCACCAACAACAGCACCGUCUGUCACAGCAACGGGAUCAAUGCGAGCCCCUGCAGCAAUGGGGGGCGCGUCGGGCCGAUGGUGGAGACCGCUAGCGAGGCGCUGCUGACCAGCGAGCUGAAGCGCUACCAGGCGGCCUCGGUGGCGGCGGUGGCGGCUGCUGCCGCCCAUCACCACCACCAGCACCACGCGUCCGUCGUCCGCUCGAUGGAGGCUGAAUCGAGCAGUGUGCAUGGCCCUGCGGCAGCACCCGGGGCGACGACCACACCGACCAGUGGCGGGGGGCUGGUGCAUGCGCACGCGCACGCCCUGUCGCCGCCCGGCACCACCACCACCACCGCCGCCAGCGGACCGGCCUCCUCGCUCAGCCACACGCUCAACAGUCUGAUCAACGCGGAGACGAUACCGCACCACCGGCUGCUCGGGCUCGAUCCGCAGGAAGCCUCCAUCCUGAACUUUCUGCGGGUGGACGCGGCCGAGAAGCAGCGGGACCGCCGGUUCGCCUGCCCGUUCUGCGGCAAGUGCGUCCGGUCGAAGGAAAACCUGAAGCUGCACGUGCGCAAGCACACCGGCGAGCGGCCGUUCGUCUGCCUGUUCUGUGGGCGCGCGUUCGGCGGCAAGUCCGACCUGACGCGCCACCUGCGCAUCCACACCGGCGAGCGGCCGUACCACUGCGAGGCGUGCGGCAAGUGCUUCGCCCGGGCCGACUACCUCUCCAAGCAUCUGACCACGCACGUGCACCAGCUGUCGCCGCGCCCGUGAGAGGAGGGCCGGCGGAGGCGCCCGCGCAUGUCGGUCCUCUGUCGGAAGUAAGCAAACCGAUGGUUGAACAGGGUGGAGGGGGAGUCGUGUGGGAGAGAGAGAGAGAGAGCGCAAGAGAGAGACACCCUGUCCGAGAGGGUCCGUAGUCGAAUCUGUACCGAAACCUACCUACAAGAAGGCGUUGGAGGUGCGCGGCGCUCUUAGAGACGCCGCCAUAACUCCUUCGUUCGUGCAACGCAAAGCAAUACUACACUCAAACACACAAACACAGAAUACUACAGAGAAAGAGAGAGAGAAAGAGAGACAAAGAGAGAGAGAGAGAGAGAGAUAAAUGGCCAUUGCAACCUACUAAACGCUCAAAAGCGAGCGAAAUAGAGACAGAGAGAACAAUGCGAAGAAGCGUCCUCAGUAGCACAAAAUGGCCACCCACGCUAGCGUCCCUCGGUGUAAGUGGUUGGAUAGACUGCAUCCAACAACAAAAAAAAACAAUUUGAAGGCUAGCUGUGUAAUUGUAAAUGCAACUUUCGUCUAUUAUCGUUGUUGUACGUGAACACUAAUACACAUAUAAUAUAAAAAAGCACACACACACACACAAACAAAUGAAACAAACAGUCACGCAUGGGUAGCACGCACCGGCAAAAGGAGAGAAAGUUAGAUAGAAAGGGAGGAUGAGAGCGAGAGAGAGAGAUCGAGAUGGAGAGAGCAAGUUCAAUGUGGAACAAUUUUACCUCAGGCAACCAAAGCACAUUGAACAUUGCGGCCCAUUGAACGCCCGGAGAAACGUUUAUUGCCGCACUGCAUUCCGUCCGCCAUCUUACUGCGGAGUACUUGCGACCAGGUACCAUUGACAAUUGAAACGAAACCAAAAACGCUACUAGUCUGGGAGUUUGUUCGUUUAUUUCCAUUUUUUUCCUGUUCCAUAUUCGAGGGAGAGUUGGGGAGUGUACUAUGCGCAUCGGUCCGUUUUGUUGUGCAUGUUUUCCUGCGCAACAGACCAGCGACCACUAUCCGGCCUGCUGCCGCCAUCCUCCCCCCUCCCCUCCCCCACACUACCAUCUCCUUCCCUAGCAACUCUAAAGCAAAACAGUCCGCAAUUAAUUAUCUGUGAUUUUACGGCAUAGCGAAACCGAUGCGACAAACGAACCGAUGCUACUGUGCCGUGCAAUAGAGUGUUUGGUUUCGCCCGAUCGCCCACGAAUGGAUUCUAUGUGUGUAUCUAUAUAUGUGUGUGUGUGUGUGUUUGAGCGUUAUCGGUGUUAGGCUAGGCAAACGAACCCACUACAGUGGCCAAAGGCGAACUAAAACUAAAUGGCGUCCAUUGUACAGAGAGUUACCAAAACGAGAGAGAGAGAGAGAAGCA